AUGAAGUACUUCGUUUCCGCUGCUAUCCUCGCUGCCUCCGUCGCUGCUGCUGCUUCCGAGUCUGCCGCUCCCCUGGUUGAGACUGUCACCAACGAGCACACUGAGGAGGUGACCAUCACUUCUUGCUCUGGUGUUGAGUCCUGCAAGACUCACGUCACUGCUGCCACCCAGACCGUUGUCACCGAGACCGUUGACGGUGUCAAGACUGAGUACACCACCAUCUGCCCAGUUUCCGAGGCCACCCCAGCUACUCCAGCUACCCCAGCUACCCCUGAUACCCCAGCUGAGGCCUCUACCCCAGCCACCCCAGCUACCCCAGCUACUCCAGCUGAGAGUGCCCCAGCUGCUUCUGAGCCAGUCAAGGAGUCUGACACUGUUCCUCCAGCUCCAGCUGUCUCUGAGCCAUCCACCCUUGCUGGUGAGCCAACCACCGCUCCAGCUCCAGCUCCAGGUGCUUCCGAGCCAGCUCCAGCCCCAGCUCCAGGUGCUUCUGACACUGCUCCAGCCCCAGCUCCUGCUGCCUCUGAGCCAGCCCAGGGUUCUGCUCCAGCUCCAGCUCCAGGUGCCUCUGAGCCAACCACCCUCGCUGGUGAGCCAACCACCGCCCCAGGUCCAGCUCCAGCUGCUGAGUCCUCUGACUCUGACGUCAUUGUUGACGCUACUACUACCCCUACCUCGGUCACUUCUGUUCCUGUUGAGGCUACCUCUUACGCUCAGCUGACCUUCACCUCUGUCCACCAGUCCCAGGGUUCUGGUAACGCCAGUGUUUCCGCCUUCGAGGCUGGUGCCAACAAGCAGGCUGUCGCUGGUGCCGCUUUCGUCGGUGUUGCCGCUUUGUUGUUGUAA